CAUAACGAGUUUCGUUCAUCCAGAUUUGAAAAUUGAUUAUAUACUCUUGCUUCAUUCUAAGGGGGAUUUAAACGUUUCGUUCAUCCAGAUUUGCAAUGAGUACAACAAUGGAGGCUCAAAAACAGAUGAGAAAGAUCGUUUCUGUGUGGGCUGCUCAAAUGGGCAAUCUUGUGGUUGUGCUUCUAUGGCACUUGUUACAUUUUUUUGUCAGCCUUUGGUUGUUUGUAAUUAAUAUAGUCACGGCUUUUGAAAGCUGCCUCAUUUCUUUUGGUAUAUUGAGGAAAUACAAGAUCUUCAAUGUCUCAAAUCUUCGUCACUUGGCUAUUGUCGUGGACAGUGAAGAAGCUUCUGAUAUAUCGAGCGUAAUUAAGCUUCUGAAAUGGGUAACCAGUCUCGGUGUGAAAAAUAUUUGCCUGUACGAUCCCAAGGGAGUGCUGAAGAAAAACAAGCAAACUAUCACUGAGAGCUUGCAGAUAACGAAAUCAUCCGAGGAUGAUAGUAAGAAUGUGCCGUUUAUCAACCAAAAGAAUGUGUGUUUGGAUUUUGCUUGUUUAUUGGAUGGAAAGGAAGCCAUGGCAAAAUCUGCUGGCAUUUUAUUUAAGAAAUACUAUUUGGGUGGGAAUCCAUUGAAGCAAACGUUUACCGAAGAAGACAUCGCAGAGGCACUGGAAACAAUAGGUUCUGGAGGUGCUGAUCCCAAUCUUAUGUUGAUUUACGGGCCUACCAGAUGCCAUUUGGGUUACCCAGCAUGGAGGAUUCGGUAUACUGAGAUGGCUCACAUGGGAUCAUUGAAAUCCGUCAAAUAUGGGUCGCUAUUGAAGGUGGUGCGGAAAUUCACCAUGGUUAACCAAAACUACGGUAAAUGAAUGAAAAUGGAGGGAACAGUAAAGAACUAAAGGGUCUUAGUAAUAUUACUAUUAGUCUAUUAGUAAUAUUAUACGUUAUGUUGCAUUAUGAGCACUCAGCAGGUCCUUUGAAUAUACUAUAUAAUAAUAUUUCAGUGUUG